AUGUCGGACAAAACAAUUAUACUCGCGAGUUCCGCGGUCGGCUUGGGAUUGGUCGGGCUUUUGUCGAUUCCAGCCAUUGUCAGUUCAGCUGCGCAGUUGAAAAACCGUGAGCCGCGAACCGAGGUUUAUGAAGAUGAAGAUGGAAAAUCAACGCCCGAGGCUGUUAAAGCUUAUACUGCCAAGAUACCCAAAGCAUUCAUACUGUUGUUUUCCCUGACAGGUCUCGGCUUGUCCAUUGCUUUGGCUGUCCUUUCUACCUUGGGCGAAACGAAUGGCAUCUUCCUUGAGAAUUGGUUCAGUGUAGGAACUUGGGGUCUUUUGGCUGCCCAGGCUGUCUGCAUUGCCGCAACACGCAGUUCAAGGACUUCUCAUGACCUGGGGGUUUACUCAGCUCUCUCGUGCUUACUGCUUGUAAUUGUUCUGGUCAUUCAGGAUGAUAAGAUUGCGCAACAUCUGAUCAAGCAUGAUCCAGCAAUAUUUGCCAUGCGGGUGGUAGAGGUUUUUACGCUCAUUGCACUGGCCUUCUCGAGUGUCACAAUCCCGCGGAGACCGGAUGUUUACCACAAAGGCAAGAUUGUCGACAGGUAUUACACGGAAUCGUUCUGGAGCCAUUUCAAUUGGAGUUGGCCUGCAGCUGUACUUCGCCAGGCAAUAGAGAAGAAGAACCUUGACCUAGAUGAUCUUCCAAGACCAGAUCACUAUAGCCGGGCAGAGGAGACGACACUAGAUUGGGAGAGUCGCAAUUUCACGGGUCCACUUUGGAUCUCAAUUAUCAAGGCGCACAAGUGGAAGUUUGCCAUACAAUGGUUCACAACGCUUGUGACGUCUUUCCUAAAUUUCGCGCCACAAUGGUGUGUUUGGCACCUUCUCAGACUAUUAGAACAACGGACGUCCAAUGAGCCAUUGGGCUACGAAGCCUGGAUGUGGGUGAUAUGGAUUGCUGUGGCUAUGAUUGCUCAAUCCUGGGUGGAGGCCUAUAUUUUCUGGCUUUCCUGGGCCGAAAUCUGCAUCCCUCUCCGGGCUCAACUCUCUUCUUUGAUAUUCAAGAAGUCUAUGAGGCGUAAGGAUAUCAAAGGUUCCAGUAAGAAGAAGGAAAAGGCACCGGAGAAUGCCGACCCGUUGACUGCAGCCCCAUCUGGAGCUGUGCCCACGGUUGAUUCUCCACAAGAAGAGUUGACUGAAGAUAAUGAGGAGGAACAGCUCAAGAAGAACAAGCAAUCGACUGUCAAUUUGAUUGGUGUUGACGCCAAACGAGUUUCUGACUUCAGCUCGUUCAAUUUCUAUUUUCCUGGAAGCGUUUUCAAGCUUGCUGUUUCGCUGGCCUUUUUGGUCGAUCUACUUGGCUGGAAAGCUCUCCUAGCCGGUUUCUCGAGUAUGUUGGCGAUCACUCCUGUCAACAUCUUCUUUAGCAAGAGGUAUUCCGCAGCACAGGAUCGUCUAAUGAAGGUUCGAGAUGAAAAGAUGGAGGUUGUAUCCGAAGCGCUACAGGGCAUUCGGCAGAUCAAAUUUUCAGCACUGGAGCCGCAGUGGGAAAAAAAGAUCGGUGAAGUCCGCGAGAGGGAACUCAAAUGUGUUUGGGACGCGUUCUUCAAUGACGCGAUGCUUAUUGGAUGUUGGGUCACAAGCCCUAUCAUGCUGGCGGCAGUUUCUCUCGCAGUAUACGCCGCCGUACACGAUGUCCUAACUCCUUCAGUCGCAUUUGUCAGUCUAGGAGUCUUCAGAGCUCUGGAAGUUACAUUGUCCAUCAUUCCAGAGUUGACUACUGACUUACUAGAUGCAUGGGUCUCCGUGAAACGAUUGGACGAUUAUUUGCAAGGUGCAGAGAUCGAAGACAUUAUGGGUGAAGCUGACGAGGUCACAUUUGACAAUGCAACGAUCGCUUGGCCAGCCGAUGAGAAGGACAACGAUCCCGAAAGAUUUGCUGUCCGCAAUGUUACAGUCACAUUUCCAAAAGGCGAGCUAUCAGUCAUAUCAGGCAAGACAGGAAGUGGAAAGACAUUAAUGCUUGCUGCCAUUCUUGGUGAAGUUGACGUUUUGUCUGGAUCUGUCAGUCGGCCGAAGGCUCCACCGUUGGAACAAAGACACGACAGCAGGGCCAACAAGAGUAAUUGGAUCUUGCCUGGUGCCAUUGCGUAUGUCGCCCAGAUUCCUUGGAUUGAGAAUGCGACCAUCAAAGACAACAUACUGUUUGGUUUGCCAUAUGAUGAAGCACGUUACCACAAGACCAUUGAGGUCUGUGCUUUGAAGAAGGAUAUCGAGAUGUUCUCUGAUGGUGAAAAUACAGAGAUUGGCGCAAAUGGAAUCAAUUUGUCUGGUGGACAGAAGUGGCGAAUUACAUUGGCUAGGGCUAUCUAUUCGAGAGCAGGUAUAUUGGUUCUUGACGAUAUAUUCAGCGCUGUUGAUGCUCAUGUCGGCCGCCACAUCUUUGAGAAGUGCCUCAAUGGUGAGCUGUGCGCCGGAAGAACACGCAUCCUGGUUACUCACCACGUUGCACUUUGCGAACCGAAGACCAAGUACUUGCUGGAGCUCGGCAAUGGUGUCGUUUUGAACGCUGGGUUCCGAUCGGAGCUUGAAGAGGACGGAAUUCUGGAACAGAUUAAGAGCCACCAGACCGAUGCUGACAUACCUACCGAUGAGGACAUAACCGCUGUCAAUUCAGAAGAGACUUCUCAAAUUGAUGACGAGCCGGCCGAAACACCUCUUGUUAAGGUACCCUCCAAAGUACAACAGCCCCGCAAAUUUGUCGAGGAGGAAGGACGCGAACAGGGAGCUAUCAAGAAGCAUGUUUAUGCUACAUAUUUACAAGCCACUGGAGGUUGGGUCUUCUGGGGUGCCGUUACUCUAUUUUUUGUGGCUGUCCAGGCUUUGACCCUUGGUAGAUCCUGGUGGCUCAAGAUCUGGACAGAGACGUACGAGACAGAAAAGCUCAAGAACCACACGGAUCAGCACGCAUAUAUCUACUCACUUAACCUUCAGCAGGUUUCUUCUCACAGAAUGAUGCAACCUCUGGUUAUGCAAGAGGAUAGAAGCUUGGGAUUUUAUCUUGGUAUCUACGUUCUUCUGGCAGUCACUAGUGCCGUACUGGGGACUGUUAGAUAUUACUACAUCUUCCGAGGAUCUAUUCAGGCGUCUCGAAAGCUAUUUGCCAAGCUGAACUUUGCUAUUCUCAGAGCACCUCUUCGCUGGCUGGACACCGUCCCGGUUGGAAGAGUGCUGAAUCGCUUCACCGGCGACUUCCACAGCGUGGAUACCCGUUUGGCAUACUCGCUUGCUUUUGGUGCCGCUUCUCUCUUAAAUCUUAUUGGCGUCAUCGUUGCUGGCCUCUUCGUUUCACCGAUCAUCCUGAUUCUCGCCUUUGUACUCCUACUUAUUAGUAUCUACUACGCACGCAUAUAUCUGCAUGGCGCCCGCCCCGCCAAGAGACUUGAAAGCACAACGAAAUCCCCAGUAUUUGAACAGUUCGGGUCUGCCCUGAACGGUGUUUCAACAAUUCGGGGUUUCAACAAGGCGCAAACUUAUGUCGAUCGCAUGUAUGGCAAGCUCGAUGAUUGGACGAUUACUACCUGGCAUAUGUGGCUUUUUAAUAGAUGGAUGGGUUGGCGCAUGUCGGUAGUAGGAUCGUUCUUCGCCAGUUUUGUGGCAAUGCUCAUUCUACUAACUCCUGACAUGGAUUCUGCACUGGCCGGUUUUGCUUUAGCUUUUGCUUUGGACUUCUCAGGCACUGUCAUGUGGACAAUUCGACACUACUCGAACAUCGAACUGGAGAUGAACGCAGCAGAACGUGUCGUGGAGUACAGCGAGCUACCCACAGAAAAUCUCGAGGGGCAAAGUCCUCCGGCAGCAUGGCCCACUGAAGGGCGAGUUGAGGUUAACGACUUGGUCGUGAGCUAUGCUGCUGAUCUAUCGCCCGUAUUGAAGGGACUGACAUUCAGUGUCAACCGUAAUGAGCGUGUUGGUGUUGUAGGCAGGACUGGAGCAGGCAAGUCGUCUUUGACGUUGGCCCUCUUCCGUUUCUUGGAAGCCAAAUCAGGGUCAAUUUAUGUGGAUGGCGUCGAUAUCUCCAAGAUCAAGUUACAUGACCUGCGGUCACGUCUCGCCAUUAUUCCACAGGAUCCUGUACUGUUCUCUGGUACUAUCCGAACCAAUCUUGAUCCUUUCAACGAUCACACCGACGUGGAGCUCUUUGACUCGCUGCAACGUGUUCACCUAGUUUCAGAGGAGGAGACGGCACCAGGAACACCAACACCAGAGUCGAUCACUGAGAAUGGCUCAGUCACCAAGAAGAACACGAAUAUAUUCCGUGACCUUUCGAGCUCCAUUUCUGAAGGUGGCCUCAACCUCUCUCAAGGACAACGUCAGCUCCUGUGCUUGGCGCGCGCCAUCGUCUCACGCCCCAAGGUCAUGGUGCUUGACGAGGCAACGUCAGCAGUCGAUAUGCACACUGAUGCUCUUAUCCAGCGAUCUAUUCGUGAAGAGUUUGAAGACAGCACGCUGCUCGUCAUUGCUCAUCGUCUGAGCACCAUCGCGGAUUUUGAUCGUAUUCUGGUGCUGAGCGAUGGCAAGGUUGCUGAGUUUGGCACACCGAAGGAGCUAUGGGAGCAUAAAGAUGGUAAUGGAAUGUUCAGAGGCAUGUGUGAAGAAAGUGGCGAGAAGGACAAGUUGAGAGAUAUCUGUUUGGGUAAAAGGGCGUGA